AAAAAGUUCUAUCUCUCCCUCUCUCUCUCUCUCUCUCAAUAAAUAUAUAUACACUCCAACCCACCAGUAAAGCUAGGCUGUUUAUAUAAUAUAUAUACAAUCUCUCUGUAUCUUGAGCAAGAAAGAGUGAAAGUCCCUUCCUUUCCUUUUUCUCUGUAAUAAUUUAGAACAGAACACAACAGAACACUCUUUUCUCAGACCCUCUGAGCUUUUGCAGCUUUUGAGGGCUGUCUUUCUCUCUCGCAUUCUUGUGUGCCAUCAUUUUUGGCCUGCAUUUAUUUCCCUCUCGCCAAUUUAUAUUUCUGUUCAUUCUCCCACUGGGAAUUGGAGAAGUUCUUGCGGGAAGCUAAGAAAGCCACCCACAGCAACAACAACGUAGACAUAUUUCUUUUUUUAUCGUACAAAAUCGAACAACAAUGUUGCCUCAGAAGCAAGCCGAGGAAGCAAUAGUCUCCAGCUUAGAACACGACGGCGUGGUUGGGGGCAAAGAAGGGUUCGGCGAGAAAGAAGAAGAGAAUGAGUCCAUGUUCAGUAUGAAGAACUUUCUCUGGCAUGGCGGCUCUGCUUGGGAUGCUUGGUUCAGUUGUGCUUCCAAUCAGGUGGCACAAGUGCUGUUGACCCUGCCAUACUCCUUUUCACAACUUGGAAUUCUAUCUGGGAUUUUGUUCCAAAUCUUCUAUGGCCUGAUUGGUAGCUGGACAGCUUAUCUGAUCAGUGUCCUCUACGUUGAGUACAGAAGCAGAAAAGAGAAAGAAGGUGUUAGCUUCAAGAACCAUGUUAUUCAGUGGUUUGAAGUGCUUGAUGGGCUGUUGGGACCAUAUUGGAAAGCAGUGGGGCUAGCCUUCAACUGUACUUUCCUUCUAUUUGGAUCUGUCAUACAACUCAUAGCUUGUGCAAGUAACAUAUAUUACAUUAAUGACCGAUUGGACAAGAGGACUUGGACAUACAUAUUUGGAGCUUGCUGUGCUACCACUGUCUUUAUUCCUUCCUUCCACAACUAUAGGAUUUGGUCUUUCCUAGGCCUUGGAAUGACAACUUACACUGCUUGGUACCUUACUAUUGCAGCUGUUGUUCAUGGUCAGGCUGAAGGCGUGGCGCACUCGGGACCAACGAAGCUCGUCUUGUACUUCACUGGUGCCACAAAUAUACUCUACACUUUUGGUGGCCAUGCUGUCACUGUGGAAAUCAUGCAUGCUAUGUGGAAGCCACAGAAGUUCAAGUACAUUUACUUGUUUGCUACACUCUAUGUCUUCACCCUCACCAUUCCUUCAGCCACCGCGGUUUAUUGGGCGUUCGGGGAUGAACUUCUCGACCACUCGAACGCCUUCUCGCUCCUCCCUAAGUCCGGGUGGCGUGACGCCGCUGUUAUCUUGAUGCUCAUUCACCAGUUUAUCACAUUUGGGUUCGCAUGUACCCCGUUGUACUUUGUGUGGGAAAAGGUAAUAGGGAUGCACGACACGAAGAGCAUUUGCCUGAGGGCACUUGCGAGGCUCCCGGUGGUGAUACCUAUAUGGUUCUUGGCUAUAAUCUUCCCGUUCUUCGGCCCCAUCAACUCGGCUGUUGGGGCGCUACUAGUUAGCUUCACCGUCUACAUCAUCCCUGCCCUCGCCCACAUGCUCACCUAUCGCAAAGCCUCUGCUCGACAGAAUGCUGCGGAGAAGCCCCCAUUCUUCAUGCCCAGCUGGACCGCCAUGUAUGCCAUCAACAUCUUCAUAGUGGGCUGGGUUUUCGUCGUCGGGUUCGGGUUCGGGGGAUGGGCUAGCGUCACCAAUUUCGUCAGACAAAUCGACACGUUCGGGCUUUUCGCCAAGUGCUACCAAUGCAAACCGCCCAAACCAGUGGCGCUUCCUCCUCGAGCAGCGCCCAAUGUCACCGGGCACCACUGACUUAAACCAGUCCCGACGAACAACCCUCGAUAGGUGUUAGUAUUUUGUAUUAUAUACAUAGGGAAGUAGUAAUACUUCUCCUAUAAUUGCCUAUGAUGUGUGCUAAUCUUCCUUUUUUUUUUUUUUGGUACUCCUAAUAUUUUGAUUUUUUGGGGUUUUAUAUGUUAUUAGAUAAUUAAGAUAGUGUGCUGAUUUGUGACCAUUCCGUUGCUAUCAAAGCAUAGAGUAAUGGAACCAAUAUAUGCUAGUUUUUGAACAAUUCUCAAUAUCCUAGUUUAUUAUAGCACCAAAAAUUACAUAAUUUAGAUUUGCAGGGCUUGCAAUA